AUGGAAGAAGACAGGGAGAGCCGCGUUAGUGCGAAGCCAUCAGGUGAUAGAGUAGAUCGGCUGAGAAACUUACCAGAUUGCUUGCUUUUUAAGAUUCUCUUGAAUCUUCCCACCAAGGAUGUGGUUAAGUUAAGUGUACUAUCACGCCGCUGGAGAAAUGUCUGGAGAUAUGUACCUGGUUUGGACUUGGAAUGUGGUGAUUUCAUGGUGAGGGAGUAUUAUGAUUCAUCGGAAUUCAACGCUUUGUUGGGUUUCGUUUAUAGGUUUCUAGGUUUUAAUAGCGAGUCGUGUUUACAAAAGUUUAAGUUAACGGUUAAUUGGUAUGACGAUGUUCAGCUUGAAACUGUUCAUUUCACCGAGUGGUUUAACGCUGUUGUUAAGCGGAAAGUUCAACAUCUCCAUAUCCUGGACAAAACUUGGGGGAGAGAUGAAGUGGUGAUACCCCCAACAGUUUUUACGUGUGGGAGCUUGAUAUCCUUAAAUCUCUAUGACGUAUACUUGCCUAAUCGCGAGUUUGUGUCUUUACCUUCCCUCAAAGUUAUCGUUCUAGAUGCAGUUGUGUUUGACGAAGAUUUCGCUUUCGAAAUGCUGGUCUCAGGCUGCCCAGUUCUCGAAAGCUUAAGUGUAAACAAGAUUAACUUGAACGACAUUUCAGAAAGUGUUCAAGUGUCUUCGCAGUCUCUAUUGAGCUUCAGUUAUGUUGCAGACGAUGAUGAUUAUCUAGAAGUUGUAAUUGAUGCUCCUAGGCUUCACUAUCUAAAGCUCAAUGAUAAACGAACUGCAAGUUUUAUAAUGAAAAAUCAUGGCUCCCUUCUUAAGGCGGAUAUUGAUUUUGUGUUUAACUUAGGUUCCGAAUAUAUGUUCGAUCCAAAUUAUCUACCAACGAGACAUAUAAUUCGUGACUUUCUUGUCGGUUUAUCUGGUGUUAAAGAUAUGAUCAUCUCUUCGAGUACUCUUCAGGUCAUAUAUGAUUACUCAAGAUGUGAACAACUACCCUUAUUCCGUAAUGUAUCUUUCUUGCGUGUUGAAUUCGCCGACUACAGGUGGGAAAUGUUGCCAAUCUUUCUUGAGAGCUGCCCGAAUCUAAAAUCUCUUGUCUUGGGAUUUAGUAUACCUCCAGGGAAGGAGGGAGCUAAUAUUUUACCUGGACCCCGGCGGUUUCUAACAUCUCUCGAGUAUGUUAAGAUUGCAAAGCCGAUGGCAGCGGAGGCAAGCGAGAUAAAACUGAAACUAGUGAGUUACUUUCUAGAGAACUCAACAAUCCUCAAGAAACUCACACUAUGCUUACGUAACUUCAGAGAGAAGGAAGAAUCUGUCAUCGUCAAGAAACUCCUUACCAUUCCAAGACUCUCUCCUUCAUGCCAAGUUUUCGUUCUCUGA